AUGGUCCCCUCCGGGCGCAUAGCGAAGGAAGGCCAAAAGUCACUGGCGGAGCUCGAUCAUUAUCGCUAUGUUGUGGCCCCAAAGCUGUUUGCCGGGGACGAGGCAGAUGACAAGAUGGACUUGGAGGUCAUCAAGAUCUUGGUCGAGUGGAAGCUGCGUCAUGGUACAUUUAGGCCUACCCUCAUGAGCCUCGUAUCCUCCAACGACCCCAAGGCAGCUUCAGAUACAGUCUCCGGUGCCAUCGAGGCAUAUCGGCGUCGUGACAACGCCAGCGAAGCCCUUUCUACCCUGACAAAGCUGAAGGGAAUCGGGCCUGCAACCGCAUCACUCCUGUUGACGGUCCACGACCCGUCCCGCGCCAUCUUCUUCUCCGACGAGGCCUUUUACUGGCUCUGCUGCGGCGGGAAAAAGGCACCGGUCAAGUACAGCGCCAAGGAGUACCUGGCCCUCUUUACGGAGGCGCGUGAGCUUGCACGGAGGAUAGAUGUAUCUGUGACGGACAUUGAAAAGGUGGCCUAUGUUGUCAUGAAGACGAAGCGCAGUGAAACGGCGCUGGCUAAUGGCCCUUCAUCAUCCAAGAGCGCCUCAUCCCACACGGCUAAGAAGAAAGAUCCCGCUAAGCGCAAGGCUGCUACUACUGAGUCAACGGCAGAAGCAUCAUGUUCGCUGCAAGAGGUGCCACCGAGACGGUCAAAGAGAUCGAAGGCCUGA